UCCUGCCUUUCGACAGCCCGUUGGAACGAUUCCAUUCCCAGCACCCCGAACACCACCAAACACCGCGUCGCUCCUUUUUUGUUUGACGUCGACACCGCUCGGCGAACUUCAAUCCGCCCUCCGAAUCAUUGCAAGCUCGCCGCCAUGUCGAGAAGAUACGAUUCCCGAACAACCAUCUUCUCGCCUGAUGGCCGCCUGUACCAGGUCGAAUAUGCGCUCGAGGCCAUCUCCCAUGCCGGCACGGCCAUAGGCAUCCUGGCCAAGGACGGGAUUGUGUUGGCCGCCGAGCGCAAGGUCACGUCCAAGUUGCUCGAGCAGGACACAUCGGCCGAGAAACUCUACAUCCUGAAUGACAACAUGAUCUGCGCCGUGGCCGGCAUGACCGCCGAUGCCAACAUCCUGAUCAACUAUGCCCGCCAGGCCGCCCAACGGUACCUGCUAACCUACAACGAAGACAUCCCCUGCGAGCAGCUGGUGCGCCGGCUCUGCGACUUGAAGCAAGGGUACACACAACACGGUGGCCUGCGGCCGUUCGGCGUGUCUUUCAUCUACGCCGGGUGGGACCCCCAGCGCCAAUUCCAGCUGUACCUGAGCAACCCGUCGGGCAACUAUGGCGGCUGGAAGGCAACGAGCUCGGGCGCCAACCACGCGAGUGCGCAGAGCUUGCUGAAGCAGGACUACAAGGAGGACUGCACGCUGAAGGAGGCUUGCGGUAUGGCGGUCAAGGUUCUUAGCAAGACCAUGGACUCAACGAAGCUGAGCAGCGAGAAGAUCGAGUUUGCGACGGUGGGCCAGACCGAGGACGGAAAGAUCUACCAUAGACUUUGGAACGCAGAUGAGAUCACGGCGUUACUGAAGGAGCACGAUCUGGCGAAGGACGAGAGCACCGAGGACAAGUAGACGGAGUUUGGGGCUACAGGGAAAAGCGCAUGAUUUCGGCGCCUCAUGUACUAAUAGAAAGAUUUGCCAACGCGAUGUCAAAAAGAACCCAAACUCCAUUGCUGUGUGUGUCCAAAAUCCGAUAUAGUACAU